GUUUAUGUUUGCAUCAAUUUCCAAUUGUCUCUUAAUUGUGAUUUUCUUAAUUGUUGCUCAAAAUUUCUCGAUUUAUAUUGUAAUUAAGAAUAUUGGUUUUAUAUUAUGUUCUUGCUAUUGAUGAGACUUUUUCUCUAAUCUUUUUGUGUUGUUCUUGUUUAUUGUGACAAAUUUCUUUUGUUUGUAAUUUUUGUUCUCUAGAUUAUAAUCGAUUUAAUUGGAUAUUUGGUGUGAUGGCUUCUAAAUCUGCCUCUGGUAAAAUUUCUGUUCCUAUGAAGAGGAAACAAUUGAUCGACUGUUCAGUGAUUGAGAAGAGGAAAAAGACAAUUGGAGAAAAUGAAAAAGUUAAAUUGAUUGCUACUGAUGAUGGUGAUCGUAAGGAUGGAACAGUUGAUAUAAGUGACAAUGAUCCAAUUCCAUCUCCACCUAAAGAGCUUCCAAAAGGAUUUUUCGAUGAUCCUAAAGUUGAUGCGAAAAUAAGAAAUACUCCUUUCAAGGAUCCAUUGGAAGAGGAGAUGGACCUUUUUAAGAAAACAAUUGUCGCUGAGACAAUUAAAGCAGAGACAAUGGUUGAAGAAUCACUGGAAGAAUUACAAAUUGAUCGAGACUAUGAGGAAGUUGACGAACAAAUCAAUCAAUGGGCUAAAGUGAAUGAACUACAAGUUAAAGCUGAAAAAUUGAAAGAAAAAUUAACAAAUGAAUCUAAAGAUAAUCGCAAUAGUGAAGAUGAGGAAGAAGAUUUAGAUUUGUCCGAAAUUAAUGUUUUCUCCAAAUGGAGAGCGAAAUCAAUCACUCAAGAAACCAAAUAAUCAAUUUUCUCUUUCAUUUGUAAAUUGUAAAUUUAUCGAAAAAUUAAGUGAAAUCAUUUUCAUUUUCGUUGAAAAUUUUCUUUUCCAUUGUGUAAAUAACAUUAAAUUUGUUUUAUAAUAUCUCUUUAAUAAA